CUGGCGAUCGGCAGCGCGGGCGCAGCGUUGGAGGACGACGAGGAGGAGGAGGGAAGCAGCCGGAGAAGAAGAAGCCGACGGGGGCCGUGUCGAGGCCCCGAGGGGUGCGGGAGUGACCUGACCGCAGGCACGCCCCAUGCCGGCCUCUCAGCCCGACCGGCACCCCGGCCCCUGCCCGCCGGCCCUCGGCGCGGGCCCUGCGGCCGAGCCGGAGCGCAGCGAGACCCCGACCUGAGGCGGGCUCGGCGCCACCCCAGCCAGGGUGACAGCUCUCCGAGCAGCAUCCCCGCAGGAUGGAACAGAAAACAAUGCUGAGUGACUUCUUUGAAAAGGAGAACCUUACCAGUUCCAAGGAGGAGAGCACUGAAGGUGAUGUGAAGACGUUUUGGACACAAUUGGGAGGUAGAAAAGUGGAUGUCAUAUUUGAGCAGGUGCAAAAUGUGCUGUCGUUGCUGAAGGAAAAGAUCAAGAAUGGAACUGCAACAAACCAAGAAUGCUGGCAGGCUUGGGCACUGGUGAAUGAAGCUAAUCUAGGUGAUCUCUUAACCUUGGCAAAUGUAAGUGAUGAGUUGAAUGGAGAUGGUGCACAGGAAACCAAACCCAAACUGGAGCCUCUUCUUCCAGAUGACAAUGUUGCAGACACUGCAGAAGCUUCUGACAGUGAAAAAGAAGUCAUGGAAGGAACCUGCUCAGGGAGUAAAGAGGCAUCUAGCAAAAUUCAAGGUUUACCUUUAAACGUGCAGUAUCAGAGCCACAAGUGCUCUAGUGCAUGUCUUGCCAAAAAAGCAUUGGGCUCCUAUAGGGGUGAAAAUCCUCUGAAGAUCCCAAUCCUGUUUGACUUUCAAAGACGCCAUGCAAAAGCAGACUGCCUUUCGAAGUCACUGGAUGUGAAUUACAAAGCCCCUUGCGGUCGGAGUCUGAGAAGCUUUCGGGAUGUGCGGAAUUACUUGUUUGAAACAGAGUGCAAUUUCUUAUCUGUUGAUCACUUUUCCUUCAACACAUAUGUGCUGUUGGGCAGGAACACCAUGAAUCCCGAGCCCCUCGUGUUUGAGUUCGAUAUUAGCAACGGAGCCGAGUCUGUGCCUGUCUCCUUCUGUAACAAUCUCGACCAUGCAAGAUUGCCUUAUUUCAAGUAUCGGAAGUCAUCGUGGCCACGUGGGUAUUAUCUCAACAAUUUCUCUAGCCUCUUUGCUGAUUCCUGUGACUGCACAGAUGGCUGCAUUGAUAGGUCAAAAUGUGCAUGCCUACAGUUAACAGCAAGAGGCUGUAGUAAAAUUUCUCUGUCUCCAAGUAGUAAAAGAUCCCGUGGAUACCGUUACAAAAGACUGGAGGGACCUGUUCCUAGUGGGAUUUAUGAGUGUAGUGUGUUGUGCAGGUGUGACAAGCUGAUGUGUCAGAACAGAGUUGUACAGCAUGGCAUUCAAGUCAGGCUGCAAGUGUUCAACACAGAGAAGAAGGGCUGGGGCGUCCGCUGCCUGGAUGACAUCGACAAGGGGACAUUUGUUUGUACUUACUCAGGCAGAUUAAUGAGCAGAGCUGAAGUAUUGGGAGAUGCUGAGCAAGAGCUGAAGGAGAAAAGUGCAGUGGAUGACAGAGGCUAUGACUUUUCUUCCAAAAAAAGAAAACUUGGCAUUGACCGUUCAGACUCAGUGAUUGAACUAGUUCAGGCUGACAAAAAUGACAUUCUUGAGAAUCAGGAAUCUUUAUCUCAGACUGUGGAUAAUGAAAAUAAAUCAACCCUGGUUCGUCUAAAGAACUCAAGUAAUGCAACUGUGAGAAGGCUUGGAACUAGAACACUUGUUUUUCACAAUCACCAGCUAAAAAUGGCGCACACUGCCAGCUCAGAUGAAGAUGAUAGUUCUCAGAUUCAUCAGUCAAGCAAAACAAAACUAACCGGUGGAACAAAGAAAGGAAAAGAAAAAUCUACCCAGCAGCAGAAGGAAGAACAUCUGAUGGAAAUUGGACAGACUGACUCUGCUGGUGUAGAGAGUGCAGGAUGCAAAAGAAAGAGUCAGUCACUGCAGGGUGUUGAUUGUGGCACGUCCAGUGUUCUGGAUGACACAUGCAUUGUGAGGCCAUCCAAAAAUGCACCCCCAAAGGCUGACUACAAAGAAAAUAGCAGGCAGCCAAAACAAGAUGCACUUUGUGAGGAGUCUGAUGAUGAUGGGAUCCUCCCCAAGAAUGCUAAUGAAGAAAAUAUUUAUGUACUGGAUGCCACAAAAGAAGGCAAUGUGGGUCGUUUUCUAAAUCACAGCUGCUGCCCAAAUCUCUUUGCACAAAGUGUGUUUGUAGAAACUCACAACAGAAGUUUUCCAUGGGUGGCAUUCUUCACAAACAGACUUGUGAAAGCUGGAACCGAACUCACAUGGGAUUAUGGUUAUGAAGCUGGAAGCAUGCCAGAGACAGAAAUUUCCUGUCACUGUGGAGUUCAGAAGUGCAGGACCGCGCGAGGGCCGCAGCCAAUCAGCGCCGCGCGGGUGCGCGGGGCGGAGCAUCGCUGGGAGCCACUGCGCAUGCUCAGUGCCCCGGCCGGGCACGCCCACUUCCGCGCGGGAGAGUUGAGGGCGGGGGAGGGGGCGGCAGGAGUGACGGCUCGCGCGGGCCGGGCCGCGCCGCGAGCGGGCGGUAAGUGCCACCGCGGGCAUGACGGGGGGAGCGCGGGGACCCGCCCUCCCCGCAGGGUCAGAGUGGACCCUGCCGGGGCUCGGGCCGUGAGGCGGCACCGGGGGGAGACCGUGAGGCGGCACCGGGAAGAAAUUCUUCACUUCUUCCGAAGUGAGAGCGGUGAGGCGCCGGCACGGGCUCCCCAGAAAGGCUGUGGGUAUCUGAUCUCUGGCGGUGUUCAAAGCCGGGUUGGAUGGAGCUCUAGGCAGCCCGGUGUAGCCAAAGAUGCCCUGCCCGUGCCUGGGGCUUGGAACGUGAUGCUCACAAGUGAAAGUUUUCCUGCUCUAGGUGCUUUCUGGAUAAUGGCGAAGAUGGUGAGAAGAACAUGUGCAUUUUGUGCAGAAGGGGAGGCUUGCUCUGUGAUGUAUAUUGCCACAGAGAGUGAUAUUGCAGCUCAUCAGGAUUGUCUGUUAUUUUCCUCAGGAUUCGUGGAAUCUGAAGAUCAUAACCCAGAAAAUCUGGGAAUAAGGUUUGAUGUGAAAUCAGUGGUAAAAGAGCUCAAGAGAGGAAAGCGGCUGAUGUGCAACUUCUGCCAGAAGAAGGGGGCCACGGUGGGCUGCGAGGAGCGCGCGUGCCGCCGGAGCUACCACUACUUCUGCGCGCUGUGCGACGACGCGGCCGUGGAGACCGACCAGGCCAACGGCGUCUACCGGUGGUUUCUGAGAUGGGUAAUGCUGAACAAAAAUCCUGAUUUUUUUAAACUGUCUUUCAGUUUGUGUUCAGUGAAAAGAGUAUCUGUUAAAAUUGGACAACAUAACUCUGCAUAUUUAUUAAUACUUCUUUUCUUUUUCUUGAAAUUGAACUUAAAUUUUAGAGUGUUCUGCCCAAAACAUGACCCAGGGAAUAGGACCAAUCACUAUGAUGCAGCUAAGAAGAAAAGAAGACGUACAUUGACAUCUCCCACCACAGAAGAAAUGAGUACAGAAGAGACAGCAGAAGAAAACCAUUUACGAAUACUAAAAAGAAAAAACAACAGGCAUAAAGUGCGAAUAGAAUUUGUUAGGAAGUGCAAACAAGCUGGGCUUCUGGAUGACAUAUUUGAAGAAAUGCUGGACACACUUCACCUGGCUCAGGAAAAACUGAUGGAUGACAACACUUCAGAAACAGAGUAUGAAGAGACAGUGAUGGCACUAUUUGACUGUGGACUGUUUGAAAAUAUACUAACAAAUGUUUAUUCAGGAACAGAAGAAAAAAUCCAAAAACUUCUGGAAAACAGAAAAAUCUUGGAUCACAAGAUUGAGCUACUGCAGGACUUAAAAGAAGUCAUCCUUCCUACUCCAGAGAACAUUGCCAGUACAUCCAGUACGGUGUCUGAAUAACCUCUGUCUGUGAUGGUGCAAUACUUAGGAUUUUCUAAUGAUACAAACCAUAUAGAGCAGUCUGGUCAGUGCCCAAUUCCCCAGCCCAAAGAUGGGUGCUGAAUGAGGCAUUAUACUCAUUUUUAUACCUCACUGUUACAAUAAUUUAAAAUUCUUCAAGUUUUCAAAUCUUCAAAUUUUUCCCUGGUUCCACUAUGAAGUUCUAUUUAUAUUUCACAAUGGAAUAUAAAUGAGUGUUAUAAACUAAAUUUAGCUUUUGCCAAAAAAAAAAAAAAAAAAAAUCCAAACAGAAUGCUCCAGUGAUGACUUUUUUCUCAAAGCCAAGGGAGUGUUCAGCUGCCACAGAACACUACCUAAGUCACUUUAAGUAUAUAUACUUCUGGCUGGGCAGUAGCUACCUCACUGUCUGUGUCUGGACAGUGAUGUUUGACAGAUCAUAGUGCUGCUCUGGCUUUCCCAAAAAAGAUAAAUGAGCAGAACUUGCUCUCAAAGAAGCCUUCCGGAUUAUAAACAGGAGCUUAAUUUAAAAAGCCAAAUUAUUCUUUAUUGACUGGUCAAGGUGUAGCUGUUCCUGCUGUAAUGUCAGUGAUAAAGCAGUGUUUGCAGGCAGUCCAGAAAGAGUUGGGGUUUAUACUCAAACUAUAUACAAUGUCAAAGGGAGCAAAGCAGUGACUGCAUCUUCCUUUCUCCAUUAAGAAAGGGUUCAACUUUCACGUGUUUUGUCUUUAAAAUAUUAUUUGAAAAUACAGCAAGCAUUGUUUAGCCACAACAGGCUAAGUUAAUAAAAUAAAAUUUUUU